GUUAUUUGACACCAGGGAUAAGGAUCUGACCAGUGUAGGUUUCGUUUAGUGUGGAAGUGGACUCUUGACCCUGGGCAGUCGGUGUUUAUUUAAUGACGCUCCACACGUUUAAUACAUUGUAGACGGAUCUGAAUAGCAAACAGGGAGAUGAAUGAUGAUGACUUACCCAUAAUGCGUGCUGUGUGCACGUCAGUCCAGGACAGGUAUGUACUUUGUCUUGACUCAUGCUAUGCUAAUAUUAACCAGCACGAGGAAUUUUAAGAUUUAACCAAGGUACUAACUACAGACAUUAUCUGAUUUACAUGGAUUGAGAUCCUGAGCUGUGGAUGUUCUUCCUGUGUCCAUAUCAAGUGUUCAACAAAGAGAUGGCUUCAAGCGUUUCUGAGAAUCCUGUGGAACAGGAGUGUAGCUGCUGCAUUUGUCUCCACUCCUUUUCCAGUCCUGUAACGCUUCCUUGUGGACAUUCAUUCUGCCUCACAUGUAUGGAGAAGAGCAAGAGCGUUAAGGAAGGUUUAUCUGACAAUCACUGUCCAACUUGCAGAGCAGAGUACCAGAAUUCUGAAUUUGCACUGAGGAACCUUAAACUGGAAAAUACAACUGGAAAUUACAAGGCAACCGUUCAUGAAACAGCUGAAGUUGCACCUCAGAGAGAGGUCGAAGUAGAAGUGAUGGAACAAAAAGAUGAGCCAUCUUGUUCUACACAGGGAGAAGCUGAAUGUGAAGCACUGCACUACACUGGUAAAGAUGUUGCUGAUCAUUCAGAUUGUAUUGAAAUGGAUUUAUCUGCUGAGCUAAGCAAAUACAGAUCUCGAUUAACUCCUGUCAUGAUGGAUAUCCAAGCCAAGAUUGAGCUUGUGGAUGAUCUGCUGGCCAAGGCAAAGGAAAAAGAAGCAGCAGUCAAGACAGUAAACACAGACUUGAAGGCAGAAGUGAAGAUGGUUCUGGAGGAGAUGGUGGAGCUUCUGAGGAGCUACAGUACAGCAGGAAUGGAGUUUCUAGAGGCCCAGUUAAGGCCUAGAGAAGAGGUGUGGGAGACCAGCGUUCAAACACUCUCAGACCUCCAUAGGCAGCUUAAGGAAACAGAGCUACAGGUUAACACCUUGUUGGAAGAGCAAGAUCAGGCUAAAAUUUGUAAACAGAUUCCAGAGGUUGAGAAACAUGCCACAAGCCUGAUUGUAGAAACUCAGAAAAUUGGAGCAAAUGCUGAAAACAUCAACAUGAGCCACAUGUGUGAGGAAAUGGAACACCGCAAUUCUGACCUCCGUCUCAAACUUGGAGCUGCCCAGCGCCGUUUACGAAAUAUUCUCAACCCCUCUGAGAUGACAUUUGACUGUGAGACUUUGCAUCCCUGCCUGGUGCUGUCGGAGGAUCGUAAAACUGUGGCCUUCAGUGUUGUCAAACAACCAUAUCCAGCUGGACCACAGAGAUUCACCAAUUACUUUCAGGCUCUGAGUUCCCAAAGUUUCUACAAAGGAGAACACUGCUGGAUUCUGCAAGCGGAAGGUUGUCCAUGGGUUCUGGGGCUGUGCUAUGGGGGGCUGCCCCGCUCUGGUUCUGAAAGUGGUCUAGAAAGCAGAAGUGAAGCUUGGUGCCUAAUGUGGUACGAUAAUCUCCUUAGAGCCUAUGAAGGAGGAAGAGAAACCCCGCUCAAGCGUACCCCUUUUUUCCAGAAGCUGGAGAUCCACCUUAGCUUCAGCAAAAAUUGUGUAACAUUCUCUAGCAUAAGCAAUGUUACUGGAGCUAAAACUCAUCUCCAUACCUUUAAUGUAAACUUCACUGAGCCUGUCUAUUUGGCUGUGAGAAUGAUGUCUGGUCAGCCAAAAGCUCGAAUAACAUGUAAUAGCGUGUAAUGUUAAAUCCGUCUCAUAGCAUCAGCUUCUGCGGGUCUGUGGAAUUUCACAUGUUCUUGUGUGCACACACAAACCUCCUAAUUAUUAUUGUGAAUUUGUAAAAUUAAGAAAAAAGGUGAGUGUCAUGCCAUGAAAGGAACAAUUAAACAAUUUCAAAAAAUAAAAUCUUAAUCUUCCUCCU